UCUACCCUCCAAUCAACGCCGGGACAUGUGUACGUCAUCACAAUUUUGCGAAAAUCUCCCUCCGCCAGCGCCUUGGUCCGCAGGAUUCCAGAUACCUUCAUGCUGCUGAAUGCCUACUUGGACUCAUUUACCGGCCCUCUGAUUGAAGAAGUACACUGUGACGUCUUUUUGUCACUGAGCGGUUAUGCUCAUGCCAACUUCAUAGAGAUAGUCCGACUGGAUAAGCUUAAUCAUGAGAAAUCAAUAUAUGGUUUCGUGGUUUCCAUGCCUUCCAAGGACGCAAAGUCGAGGGAGAUUUAUGCCCCCAAAGAAGGCGAUAUAGUGGUUGUGUCCUUGCAGAAACCGAAGCAUGUGUCUGAUCUGACAAAGAACAGGUCAUCUUACAAUCUAGGCUCCAUUCUGAAAUCUGGAAAAGAAGAAGAAGAAGAUAGCGAUUUGCCGCCAAAUUUCUGCAUUGUUAGGUUUCUGUCAGCUAUUCCUGUGGAAGUAGAUCCUGAAACAAGCAAGCCUAGAGGGCCAUGUUUUGCUGUCUUUCUCAUAAACACCACGACAUAUGACCACAUAUGGACGUGCCUUCACUUGGUAGCAAAUGAUCAUAAUCUUGCACCACUCCAGAAGAGAGGGUCUAAUACCGCUAUUGUCAAUCUAGUGUGGCAAUACAAGCGUCGGGCAGCUGAAGAUGGUAGCUUGUCAUUCUCCCAGCUCUCCCAAAGUGUCACUCAGUCAGUUGAUGACCUUGGCCUCGAGAAGUUCGGCCUAAAUGAUUCACAGUUGCAUGCAGUAGCUGACUGUGUCUUGUCAGCAAUAGACAACCGGUUGCCUUCCCUAAAACUAAUAUGGGGCCCCCCUGGGACAGGCAAAACGAAAACCAUCUGCACUAUCCUCUGGGCAAUGCUCAUGAAGGGCUUAAGGACACUUACCUGUGCCCCUACCAACACCGCUGUAUUGGAAGUUGCAUCUCGAAUUGUCAGGCUCGUUGAGCAUCUCCAUGGCAGUGUCUGCUUUCUCAAUGACAUUGUCCUGUUUGGAAGCAAAGAAAAGAUGAAAAUCGGCCGUGAGGACGCCCUUUCCAUGGUAUUCCUUGACUCUCGCGCUAAACGACUGCUGCCGUGUUUCAUGCCAACCACAGGCUGGAUGCAUUGUUUGCGCUCACUAAUGGACCACCUUGAGAGUCCUAUUACCCAGUACAGGUUGCAUCUUGAGAAAUUACUCAAAAAUGAAAAGAAAAAGGAGAGCAAUAAGGGAGGUUCUAGAGCAACGCAGGGUACGAUCAUUAGAAUACCGCCAUUCAAAGAUUUCUUCAAAGGUUAUUUCAACAAGGUGUCAAAUUUGCUGAGAAAGUGCGUUGAGACAAUGUACAAUGAUCAUCCACGAAGUCCAGAAACAGGACACAGCUUUCAGUGCAUGCUGGAGGUGCUUGAGUUGAUUGGAAUUCUUCAGGAGCUGAUAAACUGCAAAAACGAUGACAUAUGGUCAGAUGAAUUUCAUGAUUGCAAGAUAGAAGAUGACGGUGACCCCAUUCUGUGGUCUGAGCAGCUAGCCCAUGUGCGGAGUAACACUAGCAAAAAGCACAAACUAAAGCUAGCUAGAUCCUUGUGUGUGCGAGAAUUGAGAUAUCUUCACAAAAAUCUGGAGCUUCCUGGUUACUCCAGCAAGCGAUCAGUUGAGACUUACUUGCUGCAGAGAGCAAAAUGCAUUCUCUGUACAGUUUCUAGUUCUUUCAGGUUGUACAACGUGCCCAUGGAUAGUUCUUGUACAGACAUUCACAGUUUGCUCAAAGGGCCUGAAACGUUCAAGCUUUUGGAUAUGCUGAUCGUGGAUGAGGCUGCACAGCUGAAAGAGUGCGAGACCUUAAUCCCUUUGCAGCUGCCAGGCAUAAGGCAGGCCGUGUUUGUUGGAGAUGAGUAUCAGCUGCCUGCUUUGGUGAGAAGCAAAAUAUCUGAUGGCGCAAACUUCGGCCGAAGUGUUUUCGAAAGGCUAAGCUCGCUGGGUUACGGGAAGUACCUUCUGAAUGUGCAAUACAGGAUGCAUCCAGAGAUCAGCAGGUUUCCUGUUGCCACAUUUUACGAUGGCAAGUUAUCUGAUGGCCCCAACGUCACUAGUAUGAGCUAUGAGAGGACGUUUUUGGCGAGCAAAGUAUUUGGACCGUAUUCCUUUAUCAAUGUGGAUGGGGGGCGUGAGACAACUGAGAAGCAUGGCACGAGCCUUAAGAACACAGUAGAAGUUGCUGCGGUCUUGCGGAUAGUGCAGAGAUUGUUCAAAGAGUCAGUAUCUACAGGUUGCAAGCUCUCUGUCGGUGUUGUGUCGCCGUACAAUGCUCAAGUCAGAGCUAUCUGUCAAAAAGUGGGGGAAUCCUAUAAUGCACACGAUGGUUUCUCUGUGAAAGUGAAAUCUGUGGAUGGUUUCCAAGGCGCGGAGGAAGAUGUCCUCAUCAUAUCUACAGUGAGGAGCAAUGGAGCUGGUUCUGUUGGGUUCCUCACAAACCUGCAGAGGACCAACGUGGCAUUGACAAGGGCUAAGCAUUGUUUAUGGAUAGUAGGAAAUGGAGCGACUUUGUCCAGCAGCAAGUCAGUUUGGCAGAAAAUAGUGAAGGACGCACGUGAUCGAGGCUGCUACUUCGAAGCCAGCGACGAUGGGGAUCUGUCGAAUGCAGUCGUCAAGGCCAUCAUUGAGCAGGACGAUGCCGAUAAUUUGGUGAGGAUGGAGUCGCUGCACAUAAGCAGGCCGAGGUCUCAGCUUCAGAAAUCAGGACCUAAGAACUUUUCAUGAGAGGCCACAAGAUGUCUACAAAGGGCUUGUUGAAUUUGAACAUUUGGAUAGUAGAAAAAGAGAAAGCACUCCCUCUGUCUUUCCCCAAAAGAUUUGCACUUCGAAUGGUUUAUGUUUCACCAAGUUCUUAACAGAUCAAUCUUAUCGAGGCCGGUCAAUAACGAGACAGUGUUUCGUAAAA